GACACGGGGGGAAGUACGUCUUCACCUGCCCCCUCGGCGGAGACGACUUCGAAGUCACGGCACGCAUCCGCCGCCCGGUCGAGGGACAGGAGCAGGUCAGCUGGGGCCGUCCCUUUGACUUCGCGGCCAUCGCGUCCGAGUACGACGAGUUCUGCGAGCCCGUCCGCAGAGUCAUACAGCUCGCCGCCCAAGGCGAGACCCAGGAGUUCGCCCUGUUCUCGGGUGCCCGGCCGGGGAGCGUCAUCUCCCACGGCGCCCUGGCCUUGGUCGGGGACGCUUCCCACCCCCUAUCGGGCGCUUUCGGCGCCGGCGCGGGGUUCGCGUUGGAGGACGUCUACGCCUUGACUCACUCGGAGCAUCGACUGGGCGCAGCGGAAUGCGAAGGGCUUGCCGGCGGCGCUGGGGCUAUCAGGUCCCCGCACUACCGCGACCUAUACGGUGUUCUGGACAAUUUUGCCACGCUCAACUCCUCGCUGCUGGCCGAGAAACUCCCCGCAGAUGAGGAGAUUGAGGAGCGCGUGAGAAGAGUGGGCGAGAACAAGAGUACCUGGAUGUACCACUAUGAAAUAGACAAGGCCGUGGACGAGUUCCUCGGAGCGGUCGGCCCAAUUGGCCAGGUGGCAGCCGUUCUCUAA